AAAGAUACGUCCCCGUCCUCACCCCUGAAACCUAUGAAUGUGGUGACCUUAUUUGGAAAAACAGUCCUUGCAGAUAUAAUAAAGUUAAGGAUCUCGAGCUAAGAUCAUCCUGGAUUAUCCUAGUGGGCCCGACAUCUAAUGACAAGUGUCGUAAGAGACACCCAGAGGAGAGACGCUUCUAGAGAAGAAGGCCAGGUGAAGACAGAGUCAGGGAUGGAGUUACGCAGAUACAAGUCAAGGACCCUUGGAGCCCCCCAGAAGUUACGCUUAGCCCACACAUCCAAGGUGGAGGUCCCAUUCCACUCCGUCCAGUGCUCGGCCCUCCUCCUUCUGGCGCCUCUGUCCAUCUCGGACUGGCCUUCCCCAUUCAAGGCGAGGAUGAAGGCCCCAGGCUGGCCUCCUCCUUGCCCUGUGGGCAUUGCUUCCGGCUGGAGGCAGCUCCCCCUUCGUCGUGUGUCCCGGCUUCGACCCAGCUCGGGGCUCUGGGGGCACGAGUCCAGUGGAGUCGCCCUCAGCGGCGUGAGCCAUCACCUGCCACCACCAGGUGGCGCCCCUUGCCUCAGCCAGAUCCACCCCAGCUCACUGUCGCCCCCCAAAAUUUCCUUUCGCUUUCGAUCUCUGGCUGUCACCCGGCCUGGCCCCUUCCACGCCCAGCCGGGGCAAGCCUGAUCUGGCCAUAGGCAUGAGGGGCCUCCGGCCGAGAUGAUAGUGCUGGCGCCAGCCUGGAGCCCAACUAGGGCGCCCUGCCACCCUGUGUCGCGCCCACAGACCUCCCUGCUGCUCCUGCUGCUGCUCAGCCCCGGCCUCCGCGGGACCCCUGACUGCUCCUUCAGUCACAGCCCCGUCUCCUCCACCUUUGCGCUCACCAUCCACAAGCUGUCUGAUUACCUGCUUCAGGACUACCCAGUCACUGUCGCCUCCAACCUGCAGGACGACGAGCUCUGCGGAGCCUUCUGGCGCCUGGUCCUGGCCCAGCGCUGGAUGGAACGGCUCAAAGCUGUGGCCGGGUCCCGGUUGCAAAUCCUGCUGGAGGCUGUCAACACGGAGAUACACUUUGUCACCUUAUGUGCCUUCCAGCCCCUCCCCAGCUGUCUUCGCUUCGUCCAGACCAACGUCUCCCACCUCCUGCAGGACACCUCCAAGCAGCUGACGGCCUUGAAGCCCUGGAUCACCCGCAGGAAUUUCUCUGGGUGCCUGCAGCUGCAGUGUCAGCCGGACUCUUCCACGCUGCUGCCCCCAAGGAGCCCCGGGGCCUUGGAGGCCACAGCCCUGCUGGCCCCCCAGGCCCCUCUGCUGCUCCUCGUGCUGCUGCUGCCCGUGGGUCUCCUGCUGAUGUCCGCUGCCGGGUGCCUGCACUGGCGAAGGAGGGGGUGGAGGACGCCCUACCCUGGGGAGCAGAGGACACUGAGGCCCAGCGAGACGAGUCACCUGCCAGAGGACACAGAGCUGGGACUCAGAGGAAGUCAGCUAGAGACCGGUCCCUUCCUCGAUGGCGCUGCCCUGCUCACUCUCUCCCCAGGAUGGAGGCAACGCCAGUCCCCAACGCCAGCCCCAGCCCCACCUAUCCCCCUCUGUACAAAGUCCUUGUCCCCAGGAAAUUGUAUAUAAAUCACCCUUUUCUACCA